CCGCACUGAAAUGUUACAACCAUCUCUUCAUGGCGACACUUGCAGCAUCUCCAUUUUCCAGAUGGGGAAACUGAGGCCCAGUGUGGCCAAGUGACCUGCCUGAGUUGACACAGGGAGAGCCGGGAUUCGCCCCCAGGCCAGCUGUCAAGAGCAUGCCUCUGUGCCAUUGGCGGGCCACCACCAAGGGCAGCCAGCCCGAUGGGGAUGGAACUCAGCUCGUGGCCACCAGCGGAGGCCUGAAGGUACUUCUGCACUGGGCUGGCCCCGGCGGCGGGGAGCCCUGGGUCACCUUCAGCGAGGCCACGCUGACCGCGGAGGAGGUCUGCAUCCACGUUGCACACAAAGUCGGCAUAACUCCACCGUGCUUCAAUCUCUUCGCCCUCUUUGAUGCCCAGGCCCAGGUCUGGCUGCCUCCAAACCACAUCCUGGAGGUCUCAAGAGACACGAGCCUGACACUGCACUUCCGCAUGAGGUUUUAUUUCCGGAACUGGCAUGGCAUGAACCCUCAGGAGCCGGCCGUGUACCGCUGCGGGCCCCCGGGGGCUGAGGCCCCCUCGGAACAGGCAGAGCAGGGGAUGCAACUCCUAGACUCAGCCUCCUUUGAAUAUCUCUUUGAGCAGGGCAAGCAUGAGUUUGUGAACGAUGUGGCAUCACUGUGGGAGCUGUCGAGCGAGGAGGAGAUCCACCACUUCAAGAAUGAGAGUCUGGGCAUGGCCUUCCUGCACCUCUGCCACCUCGCUCUCCGCCGCGGUGUCCCCGUGGAGAAGGUGGCCAAGAAGAUCAGCUUCCAGGACUGCAUCCCGCGCUCCUUCCGGCUGCAGAUCCGGCAGCACAACGCGCUGACGCGGCUGCGCCUGCGCAGCAUCUUCCGCAGGUUCCUGCGGGCCUUCCAGCCCGGCCGCCUGUCCCAGCAGGUCAUCAUGGUCAAGUACCUGGCCACGCUCGAGCGCCUGGCGCCGCGCUUCGGCACGGAGCGCGUGCCCGCGUGCCACCUGGAGCUGCUGGCCCAGGCCGAGGGGGCGCCCUGCUACAUCCGGGACAGCGGGCAGGACCCUCCGGAGCCCGGGCCCGAGGCUGCGGCCGGACCCCCCUCCCAUGAGGUGCUAGUGACAGGCACCGGCGGCAUCCAGUGGCGGCCGGUACAGACAGAGGGUCCCGGUGGCGGUGGUGGUGACAGCAACAGGAAUCCCCAUGCUGCCCCAUCCGGGAAGAAAGCCAAGGCCCAAGAGGUGGGCGACCAGCCAGCAGACAGGCCGCGGGAGGCUCCGUGGACCUACUUCUGUGACUUCCAGGACAUCACCCACGUGGUGCUGAAGGAACGCCACGUCAGCAUCCACUGUCAGGACAACAGAUGCCUGGAGCUGACCCUGCCUUCCCGGGCCGUGGCCCUGUCAUUGGUGUCGCUGGUGGAUGGCUAUUUCCGCCUGACAGCUGACUCGAGCCACUACCUGUGCCACGAGGUGGCUCCUCCACGGCUGGUGAUGAGCAUCCAGGACGGGAUCCAUGGGCCUCUGCUGGAGCCAUUCGUGCUGGCCAAGCUGCGGCCGGAGGAGGGCCUCUACCUCAUCCACUGGAGCAUCAGCCACCUCAACCGCCUCAUCCUCACGGUGGCCCAGCGUGACCAGGCCCCCGGCGCGACGGGCCUGCGCCUGCGCAAGUUCCCCAUCGAGCUGCUGGCCGGGACCUUCACGCUGGAGGGCUGGGGCCGGUCCUUCGCCAGCGUGCGGGAGCUGCGGGCCGCCCUGCAGGGCUGCUCCCUGCGCGCCGGCGACGCCUGCUUCUGCCUGCGCCGCUGCUGCCUGCCGCGGCCGGGAGAGAUCUCCAACCUCCUCAUCAUGCGGGGGCCGCGGGCCAGCUCCCGGCUGCUCAACCUCAGCCAGCUCAGCUUCCACCGCAUCUGCCAGGACGACGUCACCCAGCUGUGCCAUUUGGGCCAAGGCACAAGGACCAACGUGUAUGAGGGCCUCUUGCGAGUGGGGGGCGCCGGCCCCGAGGAGGACAAGGCGGACGACGGGGACCCCCCCACGCCCGGUGGGGGCCGCGGCCAGCAGCUGCGAGUGGUCCUCAAGGUGCUGGACCCCAGUCACCAUGACAUCGCCCUGGCCUUCUACGAGACGGCCAGCCUCAUGAGCCAGGUCUCGCACGUGCAUCUGGCCUUCGUGCACGGCGUCUGCGUGCACGGCUCCGAGAACAUCAUGGUGACGGAGUACGUGGAGCACGGGCCGCUGGAUGUGUGGCUGCGGCGCGAGAGGGGCCACGUGCCCCUGGCCUGGAAGGUGGCAGUGGCCCAGCAGCUGGCCAGCGCCCUCAGCUACCUGGAAGACAAGAGCCUGGUUCAUGGUAAUGUGUGUGGCCGGAAUAUCCUGCUGGCACGGCUGGGGCUAGCGGAGGGCACCAGCCCCUUCAUCAAACUGAGUGACCCCGGCGUGGGCCUGGGUGCCCUCUCCAGGGAGGAGCGGGUGGAGCGGAUCCCCUGGAUGGCCCCCGAGUGCCUGUCCGGCGGAGCCAACAGCCUAAGCACGGCGGCUGACAAGUGGGGUUUUGGUGCCACCCUCCUGGAGAUCUGCUUCGAUGGCGAGGCUCCCCUGCAGGGCCGUGGCCCCUUCGAGAAAGAGCGCUUCUACCAGACGCAGCACCAGCUGCCCGAGCCCUCAUGCCCGGAGCUGGCCACGCUCACCAGCCCGUGCCUGACCUACGAGCCCGCCCAGCGGCCGUCCUUCCGCACUAUCCUGCGUGACCUCACUCGGCUGCAGCCCCAAAAUCUUGUUGACGUCUUGGCUGUGAACCCGGAUUCGCUCGUGUCAGACCCCACUGUUUUCCACAAGCGCUAUUUGAAAAAGAUCCGGGAUCUGGGCGAGGGUCACUUCGGCAAGGUCAGCCUGUACUGCUACGACCCGACCAACGACGGCACUGGCGAGAUGGUGGCCGUGAAGGCCCUCAAGGCGGACUGCGACCCCCAGCUCCGCACCAGCUGGCGGCGGGAGAUCGACAUCCUGCGCACGCUCUACCACGAACACAUCGUCAAGUACAAGGGCUGCUGCGAGGACCAAGGCGAGAAGUCGGUGCAGCUCGUCAUGGAGUACGUGCCCCUGGGCAGCCUCCGAGACUACCUGCCCCGGCACAACGUCGGGCUGGCCCAGCUGCUGCUUUUCGCCCAGCAGAUCUGCGAGGGCAUGGCUUAUCUGCACGCGCAGCACUACGUCCACAGAGACCUGGCCGCGCGCAACGUGCUGCUGGACAAUGACAAGCUGGUCAAGAUCGGGGACUUUGGCCUGGCCAAGGCCGUGCCUGAAGGCCACGAGUACUACCGCGUGCGCGAGGAUGGGGACAGCCCCGUGUUCUGGUAUGCCCUGGAGUGCCUGAGGGAGUGUAAGUUCUACUAUGCAUCCGACGUCUGGUCCUUUGGGGUCACCCUGUAUGAGCUGCUGACCUACUGUGACUCCAGCCAGAGCCCCCCCUCGAAAUUCAUCGAGCUCAUAGGCCUCACCCAGGGCCAGAUGACAGUGCUGCGGCUCACGGAGCUGCUGGAACGAGGGGAGAGGCUGCCGCGGCCGGAGAAGUGUCCCUGUGAGAUCUAUCUCCUCAUGAAGAACUGCUGGGAGGAAAAGGCCUCAUUCCGCCCGACCUUCCAGAACCUCAUACCCAUCCUCAAAACGGCCCACGAGAAAUACCGAGGCCAGGCCCCCUCGGUGUUCAGCGUGUGCUGAAGCCACCGGCAGCCGUGUGGCGGGAUUGGAACAGGCAGGACCCCCAGAGGGGGCCUCCUGCUCCCCGCCCCAAGGGGAACCCAAGAGGGAGAGGU